AUUGUUCUAUGGUCAGCUGGGUUGACUGACGCAUUUCCUGUUGUGAAAAUAGCAGCAUGUCGGCACAUGUACUGCGUUCGUAAUUCUUUUGUUUUUAGUUAUAUUUAAAGUAAUCCUGUUAAGCCUCAGACCCGUCUUGAUACGUAGAAGUAAAAAGAGUAAAUAAUCAAGUGUAGUGUAGCGCACUGAUUAACGUUAGUUACAAAAUAUCAGCUGCGUUAGGCUAAGUUAGGUAGGAUAGGUAACAUUAGCAAGCUAGACAGCAAACAUUAGCAAACCAAUGUGGUUUUUUGCUAGGUGAAAUAAGUAUACUUUCAGCUAUAUUUUCGCUAAUAUAAGUAUUAUCAUCGUCUUGUAAUUUUCUAUAAAGGCAAGUUGAGCUGUAGAUUCGAUACGAAGCCAUGGAAGUGGAGGGUCGGGAAUUCCUUAAUACUCCCCCGAUGAAAACAGUUCGUUUUGGCGAUUAUGUUGCUAACACGUUGGCUAAAUUUAAACAGGGUGACAAAGGAGAUUACGAAUUAUUGAAGCAUCAGUUGACAGACCCCGACAUAAAAGAUGGUCAGAUAAUAAAUUGGCUACAAGAGUUUCGGACUUGUGUCACUCAGUUGAACAAAGACCACGAGCAGCUGAUCUACGUUGUGUUGCGGCUUCCAUGGCUGGGACGGAGUCAAGCUGUGGUGGAUGAAUAUCUGUCCUUCCUGAGUAACCUUGUAUCUGCCCAAACCGUGUACCUCAGGACUUGCCUUAAAAUGGUUGUCUACAAUUUUACACCUGCCAGGGUGAGAAUCCGGGAGGGCGAUGUGGAUAUUUCAGAUUCAGACGAUGAUGACGAAAACCUCCCUCGGAACUUUGACCUCUGUCAUCAAGCCUUGCAAAUUAUUUCAAGAUAUGUUCCAUCGACAAGUAGGUUCUUGAUGCCAAUUCUCAUUGAACACUUCCCUUUUGUACAGAAGUCAUCAAGGACUCUUGAGUGUUACGUCUUUAACCUGCUACGAGUCGCAGUGUACAUCCCAGCUCUGAGGCGAGAGAUCCUGGAACUCAUCAUCAGUAAAAUGCUAACAUUGGACGUCAGUGCGCCCCGUGCUGACAUCGAGGAGAUGGAAGAGAACGCAGAGCAGAAGAACAGUGAAGAAUCACAGGACGAGUGCCUGUUUGAUAUGGAUGAGGACGCAGACGCAGACUCUGGCCUGGCCCCCACCCCCCCAGACCUCACCGCCAUGGCCCACCCUGUGGCUGAGCGGCUGGACACACUGAUGAGCGUCCUCCUGGGCUUCAUUAAGGACACGUGCCUCCAGAAUGGUGUGCUGGAGCUGGAGAAAACCAAAGCCCUGUACCGGGAUCUGCUGAGUGUGUACGACAAGCUGAUCCUGCCCACUCAUGCCUCCUACCACGUGCAGUACUGCGUGUUCUACCUCUGCAGUUUCCGCCUGGGGCUUGCUGAGGCGUUUUUAGACCACCUAUGGAAGCAGCUGCAGAGCCCCUCCCAACCCUCAGUGCUGAGACAGGCGACUGCAAGCUACAUGGGCAGCUUCCUGGCACGCGCCAAAUUCCUGCCCGUGGCCACGGUGAGGGCAUGCCUGGACCUGCUGGUCCCCUGGCUGCACCUCUACAUCGACAGCCAGGACGCCAACUCGCGCUCCUUCUGCGACGUGACGCUCCACGGGCCCUUCUACGCCGCCUGCCAGGCCGUCUUCUACACGCUCGUGUUCAGACACAGGGCCAUCGUCGAGGGCAACAUGAAGAAAGGGCUGGCGUACCUGCAGAGCCUGAAUCUGGAGCGGAUCGUCAUGUGCCAGCUCAACCCGUUAAAAGUCUGCCUGCCUGCCAUCACCAACAUGUUUGCUGCCAUCACCAGGAAGUACCAGCUCGUCUUCUGCUACACCAUCAUGGAGCGCAACAACCGCAACACGCUGCCCAUCGUCAGGAGCUCUGUAGGGGGCGACUCUGUGUCGGCUAACACCAAUCCUCUGGACAGCUUCUUCCCCUUUGACCCUUACCUGCUCAAGAGAUCAGGAAAACUGAUAGAGCCCAUCUUUCAGGCGUGGGAGGAGCCUGACUACAUGGCUGACGCCCCAAAGAAGGAUAUCAGAAAAGCCUCUGCAGAGGAGGAGGAUGACUUCCUGCGGGACGACACCCCCCAGAUGGACACGGUCAUGGGCAUGACCCCCAGCUCGUUCGAGUCGCACCUCCGCAGCCCCAGCAGCAUGGGCUCCCCCCCACUGGCGUUCCUCCAGCGGCCCUUUUAAAGCACAUGCCAGCGGGUGGCGUGUCAUCACCCUGCCAACCCCUGCGGUGCCCCCUGGCGCUCUCGGAUGAGGUCCAGAGCAGUGAAGGGCGCUCUCAGCUAAACCUCGGAUCUGUGUGUCCUGAAAGCUCAAGUGCAAUCCAUUCCGUGUGUGUGUGUGUGUGUGUGUGUGUGCUGAUGUUGCACAACAAAAAUGAAAUGUUUGAAAUGUGUCUUGAAUGACACGUCUCCCUGAAGAGUCAGGUGACCUGUUUUUGUCUGGACACAGUGGAGAUAGAAGUGUUUCAGUCUCUCCUCUGUCUGCUGAAGGGACUGUGGUACCCUAGACUGUAGAGGACUUGGCUAUGAUGCAUGAAGAUGGUGCCGAUACGGGGAAGUACUUCGAUUUUCACGACAGCACACCGGACACUUAGUCACCCUGAGAGCAUUAAGCAGAGCUGGUCUUCAGGAGCAAGUCCUGAAAUGGAUUUCUAGUUCCAUCUCUGGAUCCAUGAUCUAGAAAAGAUUUAUCUUAAUGUUUUACAAACGGGUCUGUAGUUGCCCUCUGCAUCUGAGGUGACUACAUUCACCUCGAGGGCUUACAGGGAUUAUUUCCUGUGGAAACGUUGGUGGUCCAUUCAUAUGGGCAAAGAGUUUUAGUGAGUGUGUGCAGUGCUGUUGCUGUCAGGAAUCAGGAACCCCCUUGCAUAUGAAUAUGAAAUCAGUCAUGAGCUGAGAGCCAAGACUGGUCCCUGAACAGAACUAUUACACUUACCUGUCAGAUGUGAGCGAAGUAGUGUUUUUGUCUAGAGGCACAGACACAGAUACUGUCUGAGCGAACAUUUAGAGAUGUCAAUAAUGAAUGUUCUAUUGAAUAUGAUACAGGUAUGAAUCGAGAUUCUUGACUAAUGGAAGUCUCCCAUUGUUUAUAGCAUGCAUUGUUCUGCAUGGUUUGUCAUGCAUUGUUUAUAACAGAGUUCACUGUUAAGGUUAACAGGACAGUUAAUGGGACUUAAUGAUUAAGUUAAUGAAUUAUUAAGUUAAUAAUGAUUGGUGCGCUAUCUUACUUGUAUUUUCUCUUACAAGGUUUUGGAACUAUUUGUAAAAACAAAUGUUAUAAAUACCAGAGUUCAAAUUCCUGUAAAGUUGGUUGAUAACAUUGAACAGUUAAAUAUUUAUAUAAGAUGUACUUUUGUAUUUACAUGCAAAUAGAAAUACUCUGGCGACUGUGGAUUAAUUAUAUAAUUAAUAAAUUGUCCUGAAAAAUCA